AUGGAGAAUGAUUUCACGAGCCGGCGCAUAGGGGACGCAGAAGACGACUCCUCCUCCGAACGCGACGAAGCAGACGACUACCAAUUCUCCUGCAUCCUCGACGGCCACGAAUCCGAAAUCAAAUGCCUCGCGUGGAGUCCCUCUGGCCAGUACCUGGCGACGUGCUCCCGCGACAAGAGCGUGUGGAUAUGGGAGGAGCUCGAAGACGAUAACUUUGAAACUGUGGCUGUGCUGCAGGAACACGACGGCGAUGUUAAGAGCGUGGCGUGGCACCCGGAAGAAGAUUUGUUGGUGUCUACGAGCUACGAUGAUACGGUUAGGUUGUACAAGGAAGAUGCGGAUGAUUGGGUUCAGGUAAGUAUGAUUGAGGGGCAUGCGAAGACGGUUUGGUGGGCGGAGUUUGAGGGGAGUGGGAUGGGGGGGAGGGACUGGAGGAAAGAUACCACCACCACCAGUACAUCGGACGCGUCACAACAGCAGCGAUCGGAAUAUAUAACGGAGUUGGAACGAUCGGGACCGCGACUCGCGACGUGCUCAGACGACUGCACGGUACGGAUAUGGCGAAGGAAAGCAAAAGAGGGGGAUGACAACGCGAGUAAUAAGACGGGUGUACCUAGUAUCAUUCGCUCGGCAGCUAUCGACGAGGAGUGGUAUCAAGACGCUGUUCUGCCACAGGUUCAUGAACGCGCUAUCUACUCCGUGUCUUGGAGUCGGAGGACGGGCAUGAUUGUUAGUGCGGGUAGCGACGGCAAGGUUAUUGUUUACAAGGAGAGGUGGAGAGGGCAGGCUGGUGGUGCCAGUGGUAAUGUGGAGGGGGAUGCGAUGGAUGUUGAUGGUGCGCAGGCAGGGGGGUUGACGGAGUGGGUGGUUGUUGCAGAAUUGUUUUCUGGUCAUGAUGUCUUUGAGAUUAAUCAUGUUUGUUGGGCGAAGAGGGCGGAUAAGGGGAGGAGGAGCGAGGAGGAGGAGGUUGUGCUUACCACGGGGGAUGAUGGGGAGGUUAGGGUUUGGACUCUAGACGAUGCAUGA